AUGGCGUGCCUGCCCGCCGCCCCGCCGGCGUUGAGGAGGUGGCUGGGGCUCGGGCUCUUCGUGCUGCUCUGCCUUAGUUUAGGCUCUCUGCCUGGGCUAAACUUCAUCAAGCAGCCUCAAGAUCAGGCUGUGCCAAGCUACUGCCUGAGCAUCUACUUGUCUCCCUCCGACACCGGCAGCUGGAGGACUGCAAAGCAUGUCAUCGGGGAGUGCCGCUGGGCACAGGUCAGCAUGCUGCAGGGGUCUCGCUGCAGUCCCAAGGGUUAUGCACUGGAGAAGAAAGUAAUCAAAAGCAAAGCGGGGGAAAAAAUCGGCCUGCCUUGUUGUCAUGAAAUUCCCAGCUCGGAAAGCCUACAUAAUUACCGGGUCUACUGGCAGAAGAACACCACGGACGUAGUGCUUGCUUAUGCAGAGGGGAAGAAGAUCUCCCAGCACAAGCGGUACAAGAACCGGGCAGAGAUGGACACCAGGACCCUCACCCUGUGGAUCUCCCCCGUGGAAACCCUGGACAAUGGCCCUUACCAGUGUGUAGUUCAGCACCUCAGAUUUUCGCAGAACUCAGUUGUUGUGUGUGAUGAGCUUGUCUCCCUCUUUGUUACAGCUGAAUUCAGUAAGCCGAACAUAACAGCAGAAGUAUCCGCUCAUUCUUGUGAAUCAACUGAGAUGGUGGUAAGAUGUUCUUCUCAUGGAGGUUUCCCCAAACCCAAAAUCUCUGGAGCCCUCAACAACGUGUCCGUGGUGUGGAAUGCCAGCUGGGUGUCCGAGUCCAGCCUCAGCCCGUACAACGUCACUGGCAAACUGUUGCUCAACGUGACAAAAGACAUCAGCAUCACUUGCUCCAUUGAACACAAUGGCUUUGCCAAGUCCACCAGUUUGCUUCUGAGAAAAAUAAAUGACUGCAUUGUCCCUACUGUGCCUCCAUCUUAUAAUGUCAUUACUGCUUCAAGUAUCAUCAUUAUUAUCUUCCUUUUGGCUAUCACCCUAGCAGCAAGAUACCUCUUAAGGCAUGUCUGUUCUCACUGUUGUAAGCCUCAGGAUUCAGUGGAAGAGGGUGUGAAAGAAUGUACGAAGCCACCUGUGAGCUCUAAAGUGACAUCUGAAACAUCAUCUGUAUGA